GUUUUAUUUUUUUCCUUUUUUCUUUCGGAAAGAAGCUUCGGACUUCUACCGCGAGCGUCGUAAAUUGAGCACUUCCACCAAAGAAGUCGUGGGUGGACGAAUGAACUGAAUCUGAACCAUGGCGUUCACAGCAAUAUCUUCUUCAAUGCCGUCUAGUGCUUCUGUGCGUUCAAUUCUCUCCUCCCAGUGCAUAUCAACUCCCACCACUCCUUCACAGAAAUCCUCAUCUCUCUCGUGGGCAUCUUCAUUUCCGUCCAUUAGCCUAUCUAGAGGCUCCCCUUUUGUCUCCUCGAAUCCCGCGCAUGCCAAGGUUUUAUUCAUACAAUCAGCUUGGACAAGAAGGUCACGAGGGGAGGCUGCAAAGCGACCAAACAAGAAAUCAUGGAAACAACGGACAGAUAUGUAUAUGAGGCCAUUUUUACUAAAUGUUUUCUUUUCAAAGAAAUUUAUCCAUGCGAAGGUAAUGCAUAGAGGAACAAGCAAAGUAAUAUCAGUGGCGACAACAAAUGCAAAGGAUCUUAGGAACAGUUUACCGUCACUUACAGAUCACAAUGCAUGUAGAGUAAUAGGGAAGCUUAUUGCGGAGAGAUCAAAGGAAGCAGAUGUAUAUGCAAUGUCGUACGAGCCUAGGAAGGAUGAAAGAAUUGAAGGUAAGCUUGGUAUUGUUAUUGAUACCAUUAAGGAGAACGGGAUCAUGUUUGUACCUUGAAUUUAAAAAUCUGGAAGAAUGAAACAGAAAAAGAGAACGACUUAAAGUAAGGCCUCUUAUAUAGGCAGCCGAGGAUGAGACUGUAAAAGCUAACAUCUUCCUAUUUAACUCGUUUGAAAUAUUCGAAGCUGUUGCUCUUACUAAAAACUCCCUUGCAUGCUAUGCCAGAUAUGAUUCUAUUGGCAGACUUAUCUCAUGAUUUGGAGAGCUAACUUCUGAAGUUUCUUUACUAUAUUGUGAAAGGAAGAUUGUUAGAAGGAAAUGGGUAACCAUAGAACGUUCUUCCAGAUAUGGCAGUAGAGUCAUAAUGUCAAUAAUCACAGAAGAGGAGAGUGUGGACAACGGGUUCUUGAAGGCCCCACAAAAGGCGAAGGCAAAGGCAAAGGCAACGGCAGCAGCAGGUGUAAGUAUCUCAUCCAUAGAAACAAAACCAGUGGUAGUGGUUUUGAGUUGAGUCUUUCUUAACCUUGCUUCCGUUUCAUUCCGUUCCAUGGCCAUGGCCUCUCCUUCUAUUCCCAAUUCUCUCUUCUUGAACAGAACCUUCCACUCGCCUGCUCGCACAUUCCGUACAUGGCCGGUCUACGCAUCCCAACCUCCCAACAACCGCCAAAGGCCUCCACCGGGCGUCGACACAAGAAUUCAUUGGCAAAAUGAUGAAGAAGGUUGGAUUGGAGGCCCUAGGCCUUCCCAAUCCCGGCGAGACCAGAAGGAGCAGAAUAAUAAUAAUAAUAAUAACGCGUUGGGUCCAAGUUUGGCCGAUUUGCUCAAUAACUCAUCCGACUCUCACUACCAGUUCUUAGGAGUCGGUGCUGAGGCUGACCUAGAAGAGAUAAAAAGUGCGUAUCGGAGAUUGUCAAAGGAAUAUCAUCCCGACACCACCUCUCUCCCUCUAAAAGCUGCGUCCGACAAAUUUAUGAAAUUAAAACAAGUGUACGAGGUCCUCAGCAACGAAGAAAGCCGCAAGUUCUACGACUGGACGCUUGCUCAAGAAGAGGCAAGCCGCCAAGCUGAUAAGCUGAGGAUCAAGUUGGAAGAUCCUUACGAGCAGGAGCUGCAAAGCUGGAAAUCCACUCCAGAUAUGGUCGAUCGCCUUGCUGGAAGGAACAUGGACUUGAGUGAUCAGGCCACCACAGCUCUUACCUUGGAUAUCCUUAUCAUUCUCUUUGCUAUAGGCUGCAUUGUGUAUGUCCUCCUCUUUAAGGAACCAUAUUAUUGAUUAGAUACAAACUACCAUACAAGUACAACACACUUUCAAUCGAGUGGUACUUUUCUUUCAAAAUCAAAUUGAAUAUCGAGUGGUACUUUUCUUUCCAGCGA